AUGAAAAAAAAAAGAAAUCAUAAUUAAAAGAAAAAGGAAAAUAAAUAAAAUAAAUUAAAUUAAAAGAGCUUUAAUAUAUCUUUUAAAUUAACUUUUCUAAUUAAAAAUAUUACAAUCUAAAACUUAUUAACUGCUUUUAUUAAGUGUAUGUUUCAAUAUCAAAAAAUGAAGAAAAUAUAUCAAAUAAUAAAAAUGAAUAAUAAGUAAUUUAAAAUUCAAAUAAAAAUUAAGUUAAAAUGCUAAAAAAUUUUAGUUUUAAAAAAAUCAAUAAAUCAUGAUGAUAAUUUCUAUAACAAAAAUUAUUUAUUUAAAAAAAUUUAAAGUUAAAUAUCUAAAAAAUAUUAAUAAUAAUAAAAGUAAUGUUAAUUAAUAAAAUAUACUUGA